AUGGCCUUAAUUUUUGAAGUCUGCUAUUUGGAUCGCUCCGAUGUUUAUAAUCAGUAUGGUUUUUUUGCCUGGCGUUGUGACGGCUCGAGCCGCUUUGCUCCUGCAUUUCCGCGACCUGGGGCCCUUUUCGCAGAACCUCUGAUGUUUCUUCUCGUGAAAGCACGCAGAUCUUAUCCUGCUUCAGAGAGUAGCGCCCCAAAAUUUUGGCGCUACCCUUCUUCUCCGAAGCAGAGUGACACCCAGUUGGUGUCGCAACCUCAGAGAGCGUCUUGCGGCUUUCUAAAUUGUAAAUGCGAGGCCCAAAUUGGCACCGCUUGGUGAAAGACCACUUUGUACAGAUGAACGCAAAGUUAUUAAUUGGUAAUAAGGGUUAUCCAAGCAGAUGUGUAAUUUUUCUAUGUAAUGGCUAUUCCUACAUUCUGACUGAAGGGAAUUCCUUUGAUUAUUGAAGUUGUUAUGUGAUUCACUGAGGAUUUAAAACUCAAUCACAAUUUUCUGAAGCAGCUUAGCAUGUAAUUAUGUUUAAUAUUUAAAGAGAGAUACUCCGCAAUUCGGAAACUCUGCCAAUUUUGAAAUUGUACGCACUUCGUUCAGUAAUUCUGUAUUAAUUAUUAAUUAUUAUAUCAAACGACCAAAUUGUCGUUACUCUCCGCUCACUCCUAAAUUAAUUUGUAUUAGAUUUGGGUUCAGGAGAUUAUUUAUUUAUAUAUUUAUUUAUUUAUUUAUU